AACAUCACCUGUCCACGUUCUUCAGAGGUGCUACUUGACCCGCUGAGUUAAUCCUGCACUUUGUGCCUUUUUGUGGUGAAGCAGCAUCUGCAGUUCCACGUUUCUGCAUCUUCACACUGAACACUUGCAGCCGAAUUACAUUCAUUCCCCGAGACGGCAGCGUGAGCAGUGAACACACGGGGUACGCUCCUCUAGGAUCAUUGCGCGGUACUGCAGGAGGGGGCGGGGGGGUCAGCAGUUCAGGGAAAGGGAAUCCUCUUUUGAACCAGGAAGAGGAGGAGUUAAAAUGGCUGCGAACGACCAGGUCGAGAGUUGGACCGCGGAGAUAAUUUGUCCCAUCUGCCUGAAUUUCUUCAGCGAUCCGGUAUCACUGGAGUGCGGGCACAACUUCUGCCGCUCCUGCAUCACACAGAGUUGGGACAGGGAGAGGAGAAACUCAUGCCCGGAAUGUAAAGAGGAGUUUACAGACCGCACCCUCAGGGUGAAUCGGGCCUUGGCGAGACUGUCUGAGAAAGCUCGAACAUUGAGCCUCAUUCGGACAGAGAAGGCAAGAAAACUUCAAUGCGAGGAUCAUCAGGAAGAACUGAAGCUGUUUUGUGAAACAGACAAGAAGCUAAUCUGUGUGAUUUGUGCAGCCGGGCAGGAACACAAAGCUCACAACUUCACGUUGAUAACAGAAGCUGCUGAAUUAUACAAGGAUCAGGUUAAAGCUUCCUUCCAGUCUCUCACAAAAAAGGAAUCAGAGAUCCAGCAAAUGGAGCAGCAACAGAAACAGAAGAUUUCUGGAGUUCUGGAACAAUCACACAACCUUCAGUCCGAGAUCACAUCCCAGUUUGCUGAACAGCACCAGAUUCUCACUGAGAAAGAGCAGCGCGUACUGGCAGAUAUCCAAGAAAAAGAGAAGAAGAUUCUCAAUACAAUGGAGAAAAAUCUUGGAGAGAUUGAGGGGAAUUUAAAAUCUAUUCAGCAGGAUCUCUUUACAUUGCAGCAACAUUUAGAUCAAAAAGACAGUGUGGUGUUUCUGAAGGAGGAAACUGGGUGCAAGCGAAGGAUUCGUGAUGAAGCCAAACCACUGUCGGUGGUAGAUGAAGCCUUACAGGUUGAAAAGUUUCUUUGCCCUGUUUCGUUGAACAAGACAUUCAAAGAAAUAUCUGUUGACUUCAAGCAAGUCUCCAUCACCCUGGAUAUGGAAACAGCGCAUCCAUGGCUGGAUGUGUCGGAGGAUCGGAGGAGGGUGAGAUGGACCCGGACCCGGAGGAGUCUACCUGACACCGGGAAGAGGUUUACAGGCAGUCUGUGUGUGCUGGGACUGCAGGGAUUCGUAUCGGGGAAACUUUACUGGGAGGUGGAGGUGACGGGGAGUCAUGGCUGGAGGCUGGGAGUCGCCACAGACUCUGUGGAAAGGAAGAGACUGGUCACACUGACUCCGGAGACUGGAGUCUGGAGCCUCGGGCGGUGGGGUGACGCAUUUGAUGCACUCACCUCCCCUACAACCCCUCUCCCCACCCGCCCCAUCCCCGGCAGGGUGGGAGUUUAUCUCAAUUAUGAAUCUGGGACAAUUUCAUUUUACAACGGGGACACCAAGUCCCAUCUCCACACCUUCACGGGAAAUAAAUUCACCGAAAAACUUUAUCCUUUCUUCUGGCCUUGUGAUGGAAACUGGCUGAGAAUCUGCUCCGUUUCCGAAACGGGAGUGUAAAAGGGUCGGGUCCCGGGACCAGCAUCAGGAGCGGGGCUCGGGCUGUGGGACAGAAACCCGGUGGACAACAGGUCGGCGCUGAACGGCUCCCAUUCAAUCCCCAAAUUCCGCAUCAUAAUAUCCUAGUGAACGCGGAAAUAAAACCAGGGGGAAUGUAAAUGUGGAAAGAAUGAAAUAAAUAGCAACUGAAAUCAGAGCUGUCGAUCCGUUCAUUUCAAUGCGUUGACUGCGUCACUUCUUGGUUCCGCCACUAAAUGGCAGCAAAGCCAUGUGGAGCAACCACAGACCAGCUGUAACUUUGAGAAUUAACUUUUGACAAUUGCAGAAACAGCGGGAAUCUGAUUUAAUAAGUGACUUUUGUCACUUGUUAAAUCACUUAUUACCACACCUGCGGCUCGAACCGGUGGGCUGAAGGGCCUGUUUCCGUGCUAUUGAGAGGAUAAUAAAGAGUAAGAGGAUUGUACUUUCUUCCUUUCAUCACCGUGAGGAAUGUUGAGAAUUCGCUGUGUUGAUGUUUAUGUUGACUUUUAUGUAAUUGUGUGUCUUUAUUUCCUAUGGCUGUUUGGUAAUUUGCAUAUCACUAUACCUUAAUUGGUACGCCACAAUAAAAGACCUUUGAAACCUA